AGCCAAGGGAAAAGCUCGGCAUUCCCACCCAGUCCAGGAGUGCAAAUAGUAUCACAGGGCGAGAGCCUUCUCUCCAGCUGCAGGCUCCAUCUCCCAGGACCAAGGGGGACUCUGAGAGUAAGAGCAGGGCAACAGAGCCAGCGGCCUGCCGGAACCCUGGAGGAGGGGAUCCCCCUCCGCCCCGCCAUCCCGCUGGGAAAAAGCCGGCUGAGUUCCACCUACAGAGCCGCAGCCCGAGCCCGCCCGCAGGAGCGCAGAGCCAGGGUGCAUCCUGCGCUGGCUGCCGCCCGGCCGGCUGCGCUACCCCGGCGCCGGUGCCACAGCCACAUGAAGCCUGCUGGGGAGGCGGGGCCAGGGUGCAGCAAGCCGGCUGGGGCUGAGGCUGACGCCGUCUCAGGGAGGCACUGACUCCCCAGGGAACCCCCUUCCUCGGGCGUGGGCGAAGUCUUCUCCAAGGGUCCCUGGUCAUCCUCAAUACCCAGGAUGGUGUUCCUGAAGUUCCUCUGGAUGGGUUUCUUCUGCUACCUGUGUCAGGGCUAUUUCGAUGGCCCUCUCUACCCGGAGAUGUCCAAUGGGACUCUGCACCACUACUUCGUCCCCGACGGGGACUAUGAAGAGAAUGAUGACCCCGAAAAGUGCCAGCUGCUCUUCAGGGUGAGUGACCACCGGCGCUGCUCCCAGGGGGAGGGCAGCCAGGCCAGCAGUCUGCUGAGCCUCACCCUGCGGGAGGAGUUCACCGUGCUGGGCCGCCAGGUGGAGGACGCUGGGCGCGUCCUGGAGGGCAUCAGUAAGAGCAUCUCCUACGACCUAGACGGGGAAGAGAGCUAUGGCAAGUACCUGCGGCGGGAGUCCCACCAGAUCGGGGACGCCUACUCCAACUCGGACAAGUCCCUCACUGAGCUGGAAAGCAAGUUCAAGCAGGGCCAGGAACAGGACAGCCGGCAGGAGAGCAGGCUCAACGAGGACUUCUUGGGGAUGCUGGUCCACACCAGGUCCCUGCUGAAGGAAACGCUCGACAUCUCUGCAGGGCUCAGGGACAAAUACGAGCUGCUGGCCCUCACCAUCAGGAGCCACGGGACCCGGUUAGGUCGGCUGAAAAACGAUUAUCUUAAAGUAUUUGCACUUGGAGAGUGAUCUGACAUCAUCUUUUAAAAGAAAUAAGUGAGAGUUGAGUGGGUUUGUUUUUGUACAUUAUUUAUGUGAUUGCUAUUGACUUGUCACCUGGAAGGAACACUUGAAGGCCAUGGCUCCCACCUUUCCUGGAGGGCUUUCUAACUUUGCAGAGACACCUGUUUCAGCCACAUCUAAAAGGACACGGUCUAUGCAGUAGAGACUGACGAAACUUCCCCAUCCUGGAGAUUACGUGGAAAUACCCAGAAAGCAUGGUGCACGGCUCCUCGCCGCCUGCCGGCUUCUCUCCAGGCUCUGAAAGCUGUCACAGUUGCCUGUUUUCAGAUGGGGUUCAAGGUGCUGCUCUGCAUGUCCGCCCGUGGAUGGAAGUUGCCUGUUUCUUCUUCUCCUUUUCUCUCUUAUUUAUUAACCAUGGUCUCCUGGGUUUUGUUUUCAGUUUGGGCGCUUCAGGGUUCUGUUCUGGUAAAGGUAUUGGCUAGAAAUUAUGUGCAAAUUUUCCUCUGCAGGAAGAUGUCUGAGGUGUCUCUGUGGUGUGUGUAAGUUAAAGCAGCCACGCUGAAGAAGUCUAAGCUUUGUGGUGGUGACGUAUUCCUGUUGACAUGCUGUCUCUCAUUGUAUGUGUGUGUCAGCAGGGCUACGGUCCGUCACAGAGCGAUAGAUGGACUGUCUGAACUCACCCCCAAAUGCCUAUGACUUAGGUUACCAAUGUAUUCUUUCUCGUUGCGGGGUUUUGCUUCUGUUUGCUUAUUGGAAACCUGUGCUUCAAGUAGGGGGAAUUCUAAUUCUAAUAGCUCCUUAACUAAGUUUUAUUAUUCAGCCAAUAAAUAUGUUCUCGUACAA